AUGCCGACUGAACAAGAGCCCAAUAGUGACUACAAUCUCGCCACCCCCAUCACUACUACCUCGGGAUUGCGCCAGGGUCUAACAUCCUACGGCGAUGCGCAUUUCUCUCUCUUUCUCCGCAAGGUGUUUAUCAAGGCACUCGGGUAUUCUGAAGACGCGCUCUCACGCCCAAUUGUGGGCAUCAUCAAUACCUUCUCGGGCUUCAAUCCCUGUCAUGCCAACGUCCCUCAGCUGAUUGAGGCCGCCAAACGGGGUGUGCAGCUCAACGGCGGUCUUGCGGUGGAAUUUCCCACGAUCAGUGUCCACGAAUCUUUCUCACAUCCGACGAGCAUGUUUCUGCGGAAUCUAAUGAGCAUGGACACCGAGGAGAUGAUCAAGGCACAACCAUUGGAUGCUUGUAUUAUGAUCGGAGGUGUGUAUAUCCUUUUCAUGUUGCCCUGGCUUCUUUUCUCCUCACGAAGACGGGACAUCUUCGAUCUGCCGAAAUACUCACUGACCUUUCUAGGCUGUGACAAAACAGUUCCUGCACAGUUGAUGGGUGGUAUUUCCGCCAACAAGCCCAUUCUUCCACUGAUCACUGGUCCGAUGUUGCCAGGUAGCCAUCGCGGGAAGAGGAUCGGCGCCUGCACCGACUGUCGCAAUAACUGGGCUGCCUUUCGAGCGGGGGAGAUUGAUGUCGAAGAGAUUUCCGCGAUCAACGAAGAGCUUGCCCCAACAAUUGGAACAUGUGGCGUUAUGGGAACAGCCAGCACCAUGGCAUGUGUCACCGCAGCCCUAGGAAUGAUGCCGUUGCGAGGCGCAUCCGCCCCAGCAGUGUCGUCUGCAAGAAUACGCAUUGCCGAAGAGACCGGUGCAAAUGCUGUCGCAGUGGCAAAAGCCUCUAGAAAGCCGCAAGAAUUCCUGACGAAAGAGUCAUUCCUGAAUGCUAUCACAGUACUUCAGGCGAUAGGCGGGUCUACGAAUGCAGUUGUUCACCUACUAGCGAUAGCCAAUCGACACCCUCAGCUUCAAGGCGUCAUCACAUUAGAGACAUUUGAGGAAAUCGGACGGAAAACACCGCUGCUGAUCGACCUCAAACCGAGUGGAGAUAACUAUAUGAAUGACUUUCAUAAUGUGGGCGGCAUGCUAGCCUUACUGCAAGUCCUGCGUCCACUACUUCAUUUAUCUGCUAAGACGGUCACCGGACAGACAUUAGGAGAGAUUCUCGAUGCAGCUCGAUCCAGGAUGUUAUCGUUCGAACAAAACAUCAUUAGGCCCCUAUCAGAUCCGCUCUUCCCUUCAUCGUCCCUUGCUGUUCUUCACGGCAACCUCGCACCCAACGGCGCAGUCAUCAAAGCAUCUGCUUCAAAAUACCGCCAUCUCCUCACACACACCGGACCUGCUGUCGUCUUCGAGAACUCCGCAGACCUAGCCCUACGCAUCGAUAAUCCUGCGCUGGAGGUCACAAAAGACAGCGUGCUAGUACUCAAAGGCAUCGGACCGAUCGGGAAUCCUGGAAUGCCCGAAGCAGGCCUCAUACCAAUUCCGAGGAAACUCGCCGCCACAGGAGUGAAGGAUAUGCUACGACUGUCAGAUGGCCGGAUGUCGGGAACGGCAGGGGGGACGAUUGUUCUCCAUAUCUCGCCCGAAGCCGCAGUACCCAGAUCUCCUUUUGGAAUUGUUGAAACAGGAGAUCUGAUCACUUGCGAUAUUGAGAAUCGGCUACUUCAUUUGGAUGUCUCAGAUGAGGUCUUACAGUCUCGAAUCUCUCAGCGAAAGAAUGCUCUUGAAGCUGAGGCUGGGCCUGCGCAAGCCAGGAAGAAGAAGCGCGGCUAUCGGGGACUAUAUGAGCGGUCGGUGAAUCAGGCACAUGAGGGGACCGAUUUCGAUUUUCUUUCUGCUGCCGGGCCUGGUGGCUCUGACUAA